AUGAUGGCCAGCUACCCCGAGCCCGAGGACGCCUCGGGGGCCCUGCUGGCCCCGGAGACCGGCCGCGCAGCCAAGGAGCCCGAGGCGCCGGCGCCGCCCAGCCCGGGCAAGGGCGGCGGCGGCGGUGCGGGGGCAGCCCCGGAGAAGCCGGACCCGGCGCAGAAGCCCCCAUACUCUUAUGUGGCGCUCAUCGCCAUGGCGAUCCGCGAGAGCGCCGAGAAGAGGCUCACGCUGUCCGGCAUCUACCAGUACAUUAUAGCCAAGUUCCCGUUCUACGAGAAGAACAAGAAGGGCUGGCAGAAUAGCAUCCGCCACAACCUCAGCCUCAACGAGUGCUUCAUCAAGGUGCCGCGCGAGGGCGGCGGCGAGCGCAAGGGCAACUACUGGACGCUGGACCCGGCCUGCGAGGACAUGUUCGAGAAGGGCAACUACCGGCGCCGCCGCCGCAUGAAGCGGCCCUUCCGGCCACCGCCCGCGCACUUCCAGCCCGGCAAGGGGCUCUUUGGGGCAGGAGGCGCUGCGGGUGGCUGCGGCGUGGCGGGAGCAGGGGCAGACAGCUACGGCUACCUGGCGCCCCCCAAGUACCUGCAGUCCGGCUUCCUCAACAACUCGUGGCCGCUACCGCAGCCGCCUUCGCCCAUGCCCUACGCCUCCUGCCAGAUGGCGGCGGCCGCCGCGGCGGCUGCGGCGGCCGCGGCAGCCGCGGGCCCGGGCAGCCCUGGCGCGGCCGCGGUGGUCAAGGGGCUGGCGGGCCCGGCCGCCUCGUACGGGCCGUACUCGCGCGUGCAGAGCAUGGCUCUGCCUCCCGGCGUAGUGAACUCGUACAACGGUCUGGGAGGCCCUCCCGCCGCGCCUCCGCCGCCGCCGCACCCCCACUCACACCCUCACGCACACCAUCUGCACGCGGCCGCCGCACCCCCGCCGGCCCCGCCGCACCACGGGGCCGCCGCACCGCCCCCGGGCCAGCUCAGCCCAGCCAGUCCGGCCACUGCCGCGCCCCCGGCGCCCGCGCCCACCAACGCACCCGGCCUGCAGUUCGCCUGCGCCCGGCAGCCCGAGCUCGCCAUGAUGCAUUGCUCUUACUGGGACCACGACAGCAAGACCGGCGCGCUGCACUCGCGCCUCGAUCUCUGA